AGAGACGGAGAAAGAAAGUUCAGUGCUUUUGGCUUUGUAAACCGCUCCGCCUCACCACCGCGUAGAAAGUAAAGUGAAGGUUCACUUCCCUUUUCUCACUGCAGCAGUUCCCUCCUGGCUCUCACACUCCCUCCUCGCUCUCCCCCUAAAACCCUCACUUCCCUCAAAUCCACCGCAUCUCCAUUCACAGUCCUAGCAACAGCAGCAGCAGCAGCAGCUUCAGCUUCGUCUUCUUUCUUCUUCCAUCUUCUGUGUUUGAAGAGAUGGGAGAAGCGAGGGCCUCCACUCUGGUCUACAUUUUAGUCGUGGUUCUUAGCCUCGUCGCCUUUGGGUUCGCCGUUGCUGCCGAGAGACGCCGGAGCGUUGGAACAAUUCGUGAAGAUGUGCAAAGAAAUGCUACGUACUGUGUGUACGACUCGGACGUUGCCACUGGGUAUGGAGUGGGAGGUUUCUUGUUCCUUCUGUCAAGUGAGUCCCUAUUAAUGGUCGUCACCAAGUGCAUGUGCUUUGGGAGACCUUUAUCCCCCGGUGGAAAUCGAGCAUGGUCCAUCAUAUAUUUUGUUUCAUCAUGGGCAACAUUUCUUGUGGCAGAAGCAUGCCUUAUUGCUGGAGCAGCCAAGAACGCCUACCACACGCAGUACAGAGGAAUGAUCUACGCCCAAAAUGUGUCCUGUGAGACAUUGCGGAAGGGAGUUUUUGUCGCUGGGGCCGUCUUUGUUGUUGCAACGAUGAUCCUAAACGUCUAUUACUACAUGUACUUCACCAAGGCUGUUGCAGAUCCUCCAAGUCACAAGGCGAACCGCACAAGCUCUCAUGUCAGUAUGACUGGGUCUGCUUGAGAACAAGCUCGGGGAAGACAAGGAUUAUUGCUUGGUCACAUGGGAAAAUUAGUACUUAUUACGAUGUUCGAGUUACUUCUAAUAUAAGGAUAAGAGACGGUAGAAACAAGUGAGGAAGUUGCAUUCUGGUAUGUGAUUAUAUAUAUUUGUUGCUGCUGUGGGCUGUCAGAUAUUGAGCUUUCGUCACUUUUGUAUUUGAAGUGCAUCGAAAUUGCAUUAUUGAAUUAUACAAACUCAUUAAGGGCCUAAGGAGUCUGAGUUUGGACCGUCACACUUGGAUAUAAAUUUCAUCUCA